AUGGCAUCAGGCUUCCGCAAGAGAUUCACAUCUAAAGUUAAUUCUCUCCAAAAUAGCAGUGGAAGACAAGAAGAAUCCGAAAAAGUAUGCCAUGAUGCGGCUCCAAGGUCUACGAGUUCACCCAUGCCCAAUCCUCUUUAUCCAAAUGAACGUAAGUCAGGCAAACGUAGGAUGGCCUCAUUUUUUUCAAUGGGGGGGCUUUUUGGAAUCUUCCUGGCUGGGCUAUUCGCCAAGCAGAAUGAUCUCAUCUAUUUUCCUGAAUUAGGUGAGUUGAUGAGCAUGGAUAGUCUACUUGAUGUAUUGCCAGCAGGUGUUAUAAAAGAUGCUAGAGAUCUCUCGAGAUCCGAGAGAGAUGCGGUUAAUUAUGACUCUUUUUCGGUCGGACUGAACCUCGUUGCUCAAGGAGUUCGUGCAAAUCACUCCGUGAUUAUGAUCCCCGGUGUUAUCUCAACUGGUUUAGAGUCGUGGGGAACUACAAAUAAUUCAAGGCAGUACUUUCGAAAAAGAUUAUGGGGUAGUUGGAGUAUGAUGCGUGCUUUAGUAUUAGAUAAAGAGGAAUGGAAAAGGCAUAUUAUGCUAGACAAGAGGACUGGGCUAGACCCAGAGGGAGGUGUCAAGCUUCGAGCUGCUCAAGGAUUUGAUGCUACUGAUUUUUUCAUUACUGGAUAUUGGAUCUGGAGUAAAAUAUUGGAAAAUUUAGCGACUAUUGGAUAUGACCCGACAAAUAGCUACACAGCCGCAUAUGACUGGAGAUUGUCUUUCGCCAACUUAGAAACGAGAGAUCAAUAUUUUACAAGACUGAAGAGAUAUGCUGAGAUGUCAUACCAGGUUUCCGGAAAGAAGGUUGUUCUCGUCUCACAUUCAAUGGGGAGCCAGGUUAUCUUCUAUUUUUUUCAUUGGGUUGCUUCCCUGAAUGGUGGAAAUGGAGGAGACGAUUGGGUAGAAAAAUAUAUUGAUUCUUGGAUCAACAUCAGCGGAAGCAUGCUAGGUGCAGUCAAAGGAGUUCCAGCUCUACUAUCAGGUGAGAUGAAAGACACGGCACAGCUUAAUGCGUUUGCAGUUUAUGGACUUGAGAAGUUUCUUAGUAGGGAAGAACGUGCUGAGAUAUUUAGAGCCAUGCCUGGGAUCAGUUCGAUGCUCCCUAUGGGGGGAGAUGCCGUAUGGGGUAAUGCGACAUGGGCACCAGAUGAUCUUCCAGGGCAGAAUUUUACAUUUGGAGAGUUUCUAAAUUUUAAGCAGGACAGUGACUCACCCGGAAAUUUACGAAACUUAACCGUAGAAGAAAGUUUCAAAUACCUAAUGAAUAAUACAGAGGACUGGUAUCAAGAUCAGAUUCGGGGAUCUUAUUCUUAUGGAGUAGCUCAUACGUCAGCAGAAGUGGAGGAAAAUGAAAAUAAUCCUAAAAAAUGGGUCAACCCAUUAGAGACAAGGUUACCACUUGCUCCUAGUCUUAAAAUAUUUUGCUUCUACGGAGUGGGUAAACCAACAGAACGCUCAUACUUUUACCGUGACUCUGGACCCCUCUCAUCUCUGAAUGUCACCAUUGACACUGCUCUAAAGACCAGCAAUAUCGAUCAUGGCGUAAUUCUCGGCGAAGGGGAUGGUACUGUUAAUCUCCUCUCCGUUGGUUACAUGUGUAACAAAGGCUGGGAUAUACAUCGCUACAACCCAUCUAAGAUCAAAGUAAGAGUGUUUGAGAUGCCCCAUGAGCCUCAUAGAUUCAGUCCUCGUGGAGGGCCGAACACGGGAGAUCAUGUAGAUAUUCUCGGAAGACAGAGUCUUAACGACUUGAUCCUCAGAGUAGCUGCCGGAAAAGGGGCUGAAAUUGCCGAAAACAUUGUUAGUAAUAUUAAGCUCUACGCUGACAGAGUCAAUGUACGGGAAGAAGAGGAAUUUUUGUAA